GGCGAAACCCGCCCUCCCCACCGGCCUCCGUCCGCCUCCCUCCCUCGCGCCCAGGUUCCGCCAUGGAAUCCAAUAAAGAUGAAGCCGAGCGCUGUAUCACCAUCGCCCUCAGCGCCAUCAAGAGCCGCCAACCCGAGCGGGCGCUGCGCUUCCUGGAGAAGGCACAGAGGCUUUACCCGACGCCAAGGGUGCGCGCAUUGAUUGAAUCCCUCGUCCAGAACGGACAGACCUCUCAUGGCCAGGCCAGGCCAAAAGACACAGCCAGUUCUCACCGGAAAACAGGUGGGGGAGAAACACCUUCUGCCAAUGGCGAGGCUGGAGGAGAGGGCACAAAAGGCUACACACAGGACCAGAUGGAAGCUGUGAAAAGGGUGAAGCAGUGUAAAGACUACUAUGAGAUCCUAGGUGUGAGCAGAGAAGCCUCGGACGAGGACCUGAAGAAGGCCUACCGAAAACUGGCCCUCAAAUUUCACCCGGACAAGAACCAUGCCCCUGGUGCCACAGAAGCUUUUAAAGCCAUCGGUACCGCGUACGCCGUGCUGAGCAACUCUGAAAAGAGGAGACAGUACGAUCAAUUUGGGGACGAAAAGAGCCAGGCUGCCCGGCAGGGCCAGGGCCACGGGGACUUCCACCGAGGCUUUGAAGCAGACAUCUCUCCUGAGGACCUCUUCAACAUGUUCUUUGGCGGUGGCUUUCCUUCCAGUAACAUCCAUGUCUACAGCAAUGGCCGCAUGAGGUACACCUACCACCAAAGGCCUGACCGCCGGGAGAACCAGGGGGAUGGUGGUCUCGGGCUGUUUGUCCAGCUGAUGCCCAUCCUCAUCCUGAUAAUUGUGUCAGCACUCAGCCAGAUGAUGGUCUCCAGCCCACCCUACAGUCUCAGCCAAAGACCGUCAGUGGGGCACGUCCACAAGCGGCUGACUGAGCACCUCAAAGUGCCAUACUACGUAUCAGAUAACUUUGGGGAAGAGUUCACUGGUUCCAGCUUAAAGACGGUAGAACGGAAUGUGGAAGACGACUACGUAGCCAACCUCCGAAAUAACUGCUGGAAAGAGAAGCAGCAGAAAGAAAGUUUACUCUAUCGGGCCCGUUACUUUGGAGAUACGAGUCUGUAUCACAAAGCCCAGAGGAUGGGUACCCCAAGCUGUAACAGAUUGUCAGAGGUGCAGGCCUCUCUGCAUGGAUAGUCAACGUCAGACUGCUCUGCUGAGGUCCAAGUAUGAGCCGAAGCCACCCCUUUGGGUUUGAUUAGUGGAACUUACUGUACUUUAGGCAUCCAUGGGGAAGUGGGGCUACACUCUCCACAGCCGUGUCUACAGGCCAGGUCCUCUGGUAACCAGAAGCAAAGGGUGGGGUGGGAUGGACUGGGAGGGUAGCUAGAGGGGAGGACAUGGGAGAAACAGCCCCAGAAGCUGACCAUAAGAACCCCUGAGGAAAAGUCCCAAGAACCCCCAUUCCUCCUCAAGCGGGGUUGGCUUGGGGAGCCCAUUCAGAGUCAAGCCCAAGGAUCUGCCCAAAAGUAAACUCCAUUCCCAUGGUCUCUUCAGACUCGGGGUGACUGAGGACCAAACCUGAACUCCAGGCUCUGGUCACAGACAUUUGCCCCCAUGGAUUCCUGUGCCAUAGGGGCUUCCUGGUGGAGUUGAACUCAGGAAACUGGAGGCCCCUCUCCCUCCAGGCUCCAGCUGGGGGACUUAUGUUUGCCUUCCUUUCUAACUGAUGUGCUCUUGCCACCCCCUCCCUGAUGGUAGGGCAUCACCUUCCCUGCUCCCUGCCCCUCUCCUCUCCAAACACUUGUAGAGCCUGAUGAUGGCUACAUGAGAUCACCAGUGAUAACUAGGCCUCUGGCCGCUGGGUCAGGGUCAGCUCCCCAGGCUCCUGGGAAAGGCUCUAGGAAGAAUGGUGAGUAGAUGGAGCUGGGCACAGGGCUCUUUCCCUUCCUUUCCCCAUCCCAGCAAGAAAUCUUUCUCCUGAAAAAGUCUACAGACGAAACAGAAAUUUCAGUGCCCAGGAGAGGGCAGGCAGGCAACAGAGGGACAAGGAGGAGCGAGAAAGAAGGGGGUGGCUCGGGGCUGUCUUUGUACUGCCUUCCACACCUGGCACCUCAGCUAGUACAGAAAGUGUGGGCAUUGCUCCAGCAUAUUCUCCCCUGCCUGCUCCUUUCAGUCUGUGGUCUGGGGAAAGGAACAGAAUGUCAGAAGUUCAGGGUCAAAUUCCGUGCAGGCUGUUGAAUGAAAACCGUCAGGGCCCCAGGCUGUGGCCAGCCAUCUGCCUGCCUCUGCCUCUCUGCUUUCUAGGGCUCCAGCAGCAGAAGGAGCCAGAGGCAGCAGCUUGGGCAGAUAGGAAAGGUGGACCUCAGAUGGGCCUCCCUGGAGGCUGGCAGCUCUGGGCAGUGGGGUGGGCACCUCCCCACCCCUCCCCUCCCAAGAAGCAGCUCCUCCUACAGAAUGAGCUGUGGGGGUGGCGGCAACUUAGCUUAGCUGUGG